AUGGAAGGGGAGUGUUUUCCUGAGGGUCCAGACCUGGGAGACAUGAGCGAGGAGGAACUGUGGGAACUGAUCAAUGACAACCGCCACCGGAUCUCCUUGGGGGUGCGGCCGUGCAUCUUGAUCCCGUACCUGAGGCAGGCCAGGGUGCUCGCUGAGAUGGACGAGGAUGAGAUCAUCUCCAGCCACAACCUCACCAACCGCAGCAUGAGAACCAGCUAUAUGCUGGACUUGCUGAGGACCCAGGGGAGGAAUGGGGCUGUGGCUUUGCUGGAGAGCCUGAUGAUCCACUACCCCAGCCUGUACACCCAAGUCACUGGACGCAAACCCAGCACUGAGCCUUCAAGAUUCAGUGGCCUGAUAAAGUACUCGGAGCUGACAGAGUAUCUGGUCAGAGCCGUGACGGGGAUGCAGAAGGAGCUCCAGGAGGCGCGCUGCGAGGCUAGUAAAAAGAGUGCUCACUGUGCCUCCCUGGAGUUGGAGGUUAGGCAGAUAAUGGACCUGGAGGAGAAGUCCAGAGGCCUUCAGACUGAAAACGAACGCAUGCGGAGACACUUGUGUUCUUUGCAGCGUGACGUCACCAAGCUUAAGGAUGAAAAGUGUGACGUGUAUAUGCGCUACACAGCAGCUAUCGAAGAGAAAUCAGCUGUAAACAUGCGCCUCCAUGACCUCAACCUGCAGAUAUAUCAGCUGCAGACUGAGCUGCAGAAGGCCCAAAUGGAGAAUGAUUUCCAGAAGAAAUGCUCGCUCAGGUGUGCCUCCCCUGCUGACACUCCGCGACUGCAAGAAGAAGUCAGGAGUCUGCGCUGCCAGCUGGUGAAAGUGGAAAAACUGGACCCAGCCCGUGAGGACAUCCUGGCCCAGGACCUGGCGGAGGCCAUAGACAGCCAGGUGGAGCUGGCAGAGCAGCUCAGGUGUUACAGAGAGGAGAACGAACAGCUGCUCGCAGACAAGCAGGGGCUCUUGGAUCAGAAGGAGUGCCUGAGCCUCCAGGUGCAGCAGCUGACCCUGGACUGUAAAAUGCACCAGCAGAAGAGCACAGUGAUUCAGAACCAGAUGAAAGAGCUGAAGGCAGAGAGAGACCAAGCGUACCUGUCCAGAGAUGAGGCCCAGGCCAUGAUCGCCCGCAUCCUGGCUGAGAAGGACACCCUGAGAUGUCAGCUGGUGGAGCUCCAAGAGCAGGUCUUCAGCCUGCAGGCCAAACGCAGCCCCAGAGGACAACGGCAAAGUUGUGAUGAGACUGAGAUGGACUGGGAGAGCCUGAGAUCCAGCUGUGAAGAAUCCCUACUAUGCCCACUCAGAACCCCUAUCAGGCGUUUACUCUGCCGCAUGGACGCAAUCAAUCCCAUGUCACUGAGUUCAGAGUGUGAAGAUUCUACGGCAAGUGUCCGAUCCCGAAACCCAGAGCCCCCCAGUCCAGAGUCUUUCCGCAGAAGAGAGGAAGCUCUAUACGCAGACAGCAGCUUGGACACAGUGGAUACUGAAUCUUUAUUUGAAGACUUUGUGUUUAUCCCCGAUGUGGGGAGUGAAGACAAGCAGACACCCAGGCCUUUCUCAUCUAAAGGCUCCAGCAUUGAUGGCGCGUCAAGAACCUCUUACCCUCCCUUCCUGAUGCGUUCGCGUCCUAAAGCGAUUCGCGUCAAUGGCCGCAUUCUCAGCAUCUCCCUGCAGGGGGAGGCGCUGCUCAGUCAGCUGGCCGUGGUGGGAGGCAAUAAGACCGGCGUGUUUGUACACCAGGUGACAGAAGGGACCCCUGCCCAUACUGUUGGCAUCAGCCGCGGGGCACAGAUAGUGGAGGUCAGGUACGAGCAGAACCAGAAGGCUCUGAGGAUGGUGCUGGAGGAUUCCACUUUAGAGGAAGCUAUGUGGGCUCUUGGCCAAGUCACAGGCCUCUGUCACCUCUCCCUCCGGCCAAGGCAAGAUGACUAUGAGGCGCUGCUGCAGCAGCUUCAGAGCAGUGAGACAAUAUCCGGAGACUCCUUCUACGUACGUGUCAACAUGUCUCUCUCUGCCGGCCCCAACGGAACCCUGGCCAUGUCCUGCAACGACAUCCUUCAUGUAACCAACACUCGGCCCGCUGGCACUGAGGACUCAUGGCGCGCCAGCCAAGUUCACCCCUGCCAGCUACUGGACCUCCAGACUGGAAACGUACCCAACUAUUACAGGGCACAGCGGCUUCUCAUUCGAGCAAUUGAAGACAUGAGCUUUCAAACAAAGAAGUCUCGAAAGCCUGGGCGUGUGGUGGACCAGAAUAAGCAGAAGGCAGUGAGAAUUGUCAGCACCGGACAUCAUGGCAGGAACCCACUGUGGGUCAGUGUGGAGGAGGAAAAUACCAAGAGCACAGAACCAGGGGAUACAUCUGCACCCAAAAGUUGUCUUAGCCUCAUGCCCUACAGCCUGGUCACCCCCAUCUUCCCACCCAUCUGCAGGCCUGUCCUGCUGCUGCCCACCAUCCUGGGACACAGCCUGAACAAGAAGCUGGCAGACUGGCAGGGCUUCCAGCUCUGUGAGCCUGAGGUGCUGAGCGCUAGCGAGCAUGCAGCCCGGCUGCAGAGGUCCGAGAUCCUGGAAGAGUCCGAGCAGGGAACAAACUGCUGCUACACCCUGCAGAGUGUCGAGAAAGUUAUGAAGAAGGGGAUUCACUGUGUGCUGCCAUUGGGGCUGGACUGCGUGCGGCGGCUGCACCGGGCCCAGAUCUUCCCUAUUAUCAUCUUCAUCAGCCUGUCUGCGCGCAGUGCACGGAAACUUAAGUCAAAGCUGCAGCGCCACAGCCAGUCGGAGGAGCGGCUGUUGGCUUGUUCGAAAAGCGAGGAGCCGCUGCUGGACAAGCUGCCCUGCCUGUACCACAGCGUGGCUCCGGACUCCUGGAGCGACCAGGCCUCCCUGCUCACCAGCCUGCGCUCCGUCAUCUGGGAGGAGCAGAAGAAGAUCGUCUGGGUGGAGCACGACCAGUGGUGAAGCAGAGGAAAAAGAGAAAAGAAUCUUAGCAAACAGAAAAUAUAUAAAAAAAAAAAAAAAAAGGAUUUCUCAAAGGGCUUUGUGUUAAUAUUAUGUUGAGAAUAUAUUUAGCUUUACA